CGCGGGCCCAGCUGCCGGCUUCGGGGCCGCCGCAUCCCGGAUCGGGAUUUGAAAGAUUAAAAACUCCGGGCGGAGAGGGCGGCGGCGUUGAAUGUCUGGCGGAAGCGCUGGGGGUCGCGGCUUCUCCGCACCAUGAAUUACCCGGGCCGCGGGUCCCCGCGGAGCCCGGAGCGUAACGGCCGGGGCGGCGGCGCCUGGGAGCUGGGCUCGGACGCGGGGCCGGCGUUCGGCGGCGGCGUCUGCUGCUUCGAGCACCUGCCCGGCGGGGACCCGGGCGACGGCGACGUGCAGCUGGCCCUGCUGCGCGGGGAGCCCGGGCUGCACUUGGCUCCGGGCACCGAGGACCACGACCCCCGCCUGGCGCUGGACCCCUGCCUCAGUGACGAGAACUAUGACUUCAGCUCCGCGGAGUCGGGCUCCUCGCUGCGCUACUACAGCGAGGGGGAGAGCGGCGGUGGAGGCAGCUCCUUGUCGCUGCACCCGCCACAGCAGCCGCCACUGGUGGCGACGAACUCCGGGGGUGGCGGGGCGGCCGGAGGGGGCCCCGGGGAGAGGAAGCGGCCCCGGCCGGGCGGCCCGGCCGCCCGCCACCGCUACGAGGUGGUGACGGAGCUGGGACCGGAGGAGGUGCGCUGGUUCUACAAGGAGGACAAGAAGACCUGGAAGCCCUUCAUCGGCUACGACUCGCUCCGCAUCGAGCUCGCCUUCCGGACCCUGCUGCAGGCUACGGGGGCCCGGCCCCAGGCCAAGACCCGGGACGACGACCAUGUGUGCGGCACGGCCUCCCCCGCGGGCCCGGCCUCCAGCUCCGGGGAGGACGACGACGAGGACCGAGCCUGUGGCUUCUGCCCGCGCACGGCGGGGCACGAGCCCGAGUUGGUGGAGCUGGUGAAUAUCGAGCCCGUGUGCGUGCGGGGCGGCCUCUACGAGGUGGAUGUGACCCAGGGAGAGUGCUACCCUGUGUACUGGAACCAGGCUGAUAAAAUACCAGUAAUGCGUGGACAAUGGUUUAUUGAUGGUACUUGGCAGCCUCUGGAAGAAGAAGAAAGUAAUUUAAUUGAGCAAGAACAUCUCAGUCGUUUUAGGGGUCAGCAGAUGGAGGAAAAUUUUGAUAUUGAAGUGUCAAAAUCCAUAGAUGGAAAAGAUGUUGUCUACCACCUCCAUCUCCCUCCCUUCUCCCUCCCUUCUCUGUUCCAAUGGAGAGGAAAUAAGGAGAGUACAGAUGGCGCAGGUCUUAAACGAAAGCGUUCCCAAGCUAUUCAUAGUUUCAAGCUGAGCCGAAACCACGUGGACUGGCAUAGUAUGGAUGAAGUAUAUCUUUACAGUGACGCAACAACGUCUAAAAUCGCGAGAACGGUCACCCAGAAACUGGGGUUCUCAAAAGCGUCGAGUAGUGGGACGAGGCUGCACAGAGGCUACGUGGAAGAAGCCACGCUGGAGGACAAGCCCUCUCAGACGACCCACAUUGUGUUUGUCGUGCAUGGCAUUGGGCAGAAAAUGGACCAAGGAAGAAUUAUCAAGAACACGGCCAUGAUGAGAGAGGCUGCAAGAAAAAUAGAAGAAAGGCAUUUUUCUAACCAUGCAACACACGUUGAAUUUCUCCCUGUUGAGUGGCGGUCAAAACUAACUCUUGAUGGAGACACUGUGGAUUCCAUCACUCCCGACAAAGUACGGGGCUUGAGGGACAUGCUGAACAGCAGUGCCAUGGACAUAAUGUAUUACACCAGCCCGCUUUACAGAGAUGAGCUAGUUAAAGGCCUUCAGCAAGAGCUGAACCGAUUAUAUUCCCUUUUCUGUUCUCGGAAUCCAAACUUUGAAGAAAAUGGGGGUAAAGUCUCAAUAGUGUCCCAUUCCUUGGGCUGUGUGAUCACGUAUGACAUCAUGAUGGGCUGGAACCCGGUGCGGCUCUAUGAGCAGCUGCUGCGCAGGGAGGACGAGCUGCCUGACGAGCCCUGGCUGAGCUGCGAGGAGCGCCACCUGCUGGGCGAGCUCUUCCUGACCAGGCGGCGGCUGAGGGAGAUAGAGGAGCAGCUGAGUGAGCUGAAGGCAUCAUCUGUGACACAAGCACCUGCCUUAAAAUUUAAGGUUGAGAAUUUCUUCUGCAUGGGGUCCCCACUGGCAGUUUUCUUGGCAUUGCGUGGCAUCCGCCCCGGAAACACUGGAAGUCAAGACCAUAUUUUGCCUAGAGAAAUUUGUAACCGGCUACUAAAUAUUUUUCAUCCUACAGAUCCAGUGGCUUAUAGAUUAGAACCUUUAAUACUGAAACACUACAGCAACAUUUCACCUGUCCAGAUCCAUUGGUACAAUACUUCAAAUCCUCUACCUUACGAACAUAUGAAGCCAAGCUUUCUCAACCCAGCAAAAGAACCUACCUCAGUUUCAGAAAAUGACAGUGUUUCUACCAUACCGAGCCCCCUGACCUCACCUAUCCUGUCCCGCCGGCACUACGGAGAGUCCAUAACGAAUAUAGGCAAAGCGAGCAUCCUGGGGGCUGCGAGCAUCGGAAAGGGGCUCGGAGGGAUGCUGUUCUCAAGAUUCGGGCGUUCGUCUACGUCACAGCCGUCUGAGGCAUCAAAAGACCCGAUGGAGGAGGAGAGGAAGCCAGUUGCCCCACCUUCUACCACUGCUGUGACAACACAGACCCUCCCGCAUAGCAGCUCCAGCUUCCUCGAUUCUGCAUAUUUCAGACUUCAGGAAUCGUUCUUUAAUCUCCCACAACUUCUUUUUCCGGAAAAUGUAAUGCAGAAUAAAGAUAAUGCCCUCGUGGAGCUGGAUCACAGGAUCGACUUUGAGCUCAGAGAAGGCCUCGUGGAGAGCCGCUACUGGUCAGCCGUCACGUCGCACACUGCCUACUGGUCGUCCUUGGACGUGGCCCUCUUUCUUUUAACUUUCAUGUAUAAACAUGACCACGAUAAUGACACAAAACCCAAUUUAGAUCCAAUCUGAACUUGUGAAGGACAUUAAUGACCCCAAACUGAUUUUUUCUGUUAAAACAUGUGUGUCAAGUUAUGGAGAAUUCGGGGUUAAGUAUUUUUCAGUUUUGUUUAAGGCAAGAAAUAUGUGAAUUUAAAAGCACUUUAUUUUAUUUUUUUAAACAAACAUGUUUCCAGUCCUAAGGAAGUUUUUAGUUUCCAUCCUUUUGAUCUUGAGUCUGACAGAACCCCCUAUAGAGAAUCAAGCAGGACCUGAUGAAGGAAGGGUGGUUUAGGUGAGCCGCAUGUAAGGGCUGGGAAUCAUAAUCUAAUUUCUCCCCAAAUAAAAGCAUAUUAAUGGGUUGAUUCCAAUGUACUAACCAAAACGUUGUUUUAAAUUGAAAAUGGUCAGAGUCCAUUGUAUUCCACGUAAAGACCACAAGGUGGGAUCAUUGUUUUAGGUUCUACGAAAGCUUCCAUUCCACAUCCCUUUGAAAGAGGAAAAUAACAGGUUUAAAAUGUUCUGAAUUUAGCUUGUUUAGAAAAACUGAUGCUAAAGAAGAAACAAUAUUUGAAUUACUGUAUUUAUAAUUUAUUGCCUCUGACUAAUUGCUUAAUUUCAGUGUAUGAAACAUUACAUUCUUAAAUAUUUUCUUAUAAUUUAAGGACCACAUUUAUUUUCUAUACAUUGAGACCCUUUUUUCUCAGAACUCCAUCUUUGUACUCUUCAGAUGACUAGAUAGACCCUGUGGCAUAUUUCAGUGUUUUUUUUUUUCCAUUAAAACUUGUGGUUUCACACAAAUAACAGUAGUUCAGUUUUUUAAUGAAGUUUUUAUCAUGUACCUCACAAGCUAGACUUGACAUGGAGUGCUUCAUACUGGGCCCAUUUCAUUAACUUCAUUAGAAAAUUAGUGUCUUUGGAAUAGGGAGUAUGACAGCUCUCUUCCAUGUGCAAACAUUUGCGUGCCAAACAGUUUAUAUGCACCAAGGGAUGGAAUGCCACUGUUUGAUUUUUCAAAGUGCUUGACAAACCGUUGUCAUACAAGCACAGUAAGUCAGGACUCCGAGGCUCAGGUUUUCCUCAGCUGUAAUUGUUACCACCGUGAUUUUCAUCUGAGGGGCGCCAAGUGUAAGAGGGGUACACCCAGUCAUCUGAGGGGAGUAAACGAGUGUCCUUCUCCCGGCACCUGGGUGGAUGCCGACGGCCCUUCUCUGUGCUGCUCAGUGACUGGGUCAUACGUGACCUCCUGGUAAUUUGCAAACAACAGACGUUGCGGUUCAGAAUUUGGAAAAAUGACUGUGAAGCAAACACACUACCCCGCUUGAUUUCUGCACCUUGGACGGCACCAGGCAGGUCCUUGGAGGGGACGGGCUGCCUCCGUCACGCCCGGCCUCACUCCCGGUGGUCUCGGCACGUCCUGCAGUUCUCGGCUUCCCAGUAAUCAUUGUCAACCUGGAGCAAAGGCAGCCAGUUGUGUACGUACCCUCCUUGUUUCUUUGUAAGAUGAUGGGGUCUGUGGCUCACUUAUGGGUUUGACUGAGCACCAUUAGUACUGUGGGCUAUUUUGCCCUCUCACUGAAUUUGCACAACAUAAAGCACUUCUUUUUUUGCAGGUUUUUUUUUUUUUUUUUUUUUUGGCCAGGGCUGGGUUUGAACCCGCCACCUCUGGUAUAUGAGGCUGGCGCCCUACUCCUUUGAGCCACAGGCGCCGCCCCAUAAAGCACUUCUUAAUGUUUAAAAAAAUCCCAAGACUCCAUGGCCAAGUGCGUGACUCACUAGGAAACCCUCGCUACACAAGGCUUUUGAUGCAAUUUUAGCAAAGCUACAGCAAUCUCUUCUGACUUCAGAGAUUCCUGUGAACUCAGGUCAUUGUCAAGCCCUGUUCAUUUUGUAGGUCUCCUUCAGGUCUCAGGAAAACCACACGCACGUUAAGUGACUGUGUCGGUAAACAUGUACUUGAGCACGUGUUGCCAUCAGUGGUUCGAAGCUCAGGUACAUACGGACUUGAAGGGAUCAUUCUUGACUACUACAUUGUGAAGAGCCCUUUUUACCUGAGAAGGAUGAAAUUCAUGUCAAAAUUUUUAAUUUGCUAUCAUUGAGUAAAAAGAAAAACGUGCCCCCAUACGCAUUGGAAUAUGUCUGCUUCCUUUUUUUUUUUUUUU